AUGUGGAAAACUUUGGUAUCUUUUAUUUUUCUGAUUCCACGCCAGAUUCUGACCUACCUCAAAACACUCUGGUCUCGCAGUGACUAUCCACCUGGGCCUUUUCCGCUUCCAGUGGUUGGAAGCAUGUGGCGGUUGGGAAUCCAGCUUUCUUCAAAGAGCUUCAUUAAGAUGGCAAAGCAGUAUGGAAAUAUUUACACUGUAUGGGUAGGGGAUAAACCUGCGGUAGUUCUUUCUGGAUUCCAAGCUGUGAAAGAAGCACUGGUCAACCAUGAAGAAGACUUUGCUGACAGACCAGAAACCCCUUUCCUGGCAACUGCAUUUAAAAACAGAGGAAUUACAUUUUCCAAUGGACACAACUGGAAGCAGCAGAGACGUUUUGGGAUAGUCACCCUGCGGAAGCUGGGACUGGGGAAGAAAGGCUUGGAGCACCAGAUAGAAGAGAUGGCCCAGCAGCUUGUGGAGACAUUUGCGCAUAUGAAAGGUCAGCCAUUUGACCCUUUGUUACCCAUGACGAAUUCAGUCUGCAACAUAAUAUGUGCUGUGGCUUUUGGUAAGCGGUUUGCUGUUGAUGACAAAGAAUUCCUGAAGUUGGCUCAUGCCAUUGACAUUGCCUUAGCAUUUGGAGGCAGCUUCUUUCAUGGUCUCUAUGAAAUUCUCCCAUUUAUCAUGAAGUAUCUCCCAGGGCCCCACAAGACAGCAUUAGCCGCCAUGCAGACUGUGCUUUCGUUUGCAAAGGAGGAGGCAAAAAAUCAUAAAGAGCAUCUGACACUGCAUGAGCCACAGGAUUUCAUUGAUUUCUAUCUAUUCCAGAUGGAUAAAAGCAAGAACGACCCCGACUACAAUGACGACAACUUGGCCCAGUGCGUUUUUGAUCUCUUUAUUGGAGGAACAGAGACAACUGCCACCACUCUUCAGUGGGGACUGCUCCUCAUGGCAACUUAUCCCGAUAUCCAAGAUAAGGUCCAGAAGGAGAUAGAUGAUGUGUUUUGUUCCUCGCGCAUAAUCUGCUAUCAAGAUAGGAAGAAAGUGCCCUACACGAAUGCAAUCAUUCAUGAGAUCCAGCGUUCCCAAUACAUCUUAUUAUUUGGGAUUCCCAGGCAAACUACAAAAGAUGUGAACAUGCUUGGUGUUCACAUCCCCAAGGGGACCAUUAUUGCUCCAGACCUGCGCUCUGUUCUCCUUGACCCCAAGCAAUGGGAGACGCCUGAAGAGUUCAACCCCAAUCAUUUUUUGGACAAGGAUGGACAAUUUGUGGCUAGAGAAGAAUUUCUGGCAUUUGGUGCAGGUAAGCGUGUGUGUCCAGGGCAACAGCUGUCACAGAUCGAGGUCUUCAUCUUCUUCACCAGUCUGUUGAGGGCAUUCACCUUCCAGUUGCCAGGAGGAAGGAAAGAAGAACUCAUUAAAAAGCCUAUAGUUGGACUGACAAUACAUCCUCAGCGUUACAAGCUCUGUGCUAUUCCCCGCAGCAGUAAAUCAUAA